UGAUAUUUAAAAUGGCUACCACAGAUGCUCCAGUUCCCUGAAUUUCAUACAAGCAAAGAAGAACUCAUUUUACACACGUCUGCGUUCAGGAAAGCAACUUGGGAGGCCUGAAGGACUACCGAAUACUCCGGACAGUGGAGUUUCUUUCAUGAACUAGCUAGCUAGCUAGCUAGCUACCUGUUUACUUGGCUAAUUUUACUGGCUAAUUUUAGCUUUAGCUAAGUGCUAGCGAGCUCGUCUGGCUACUUUAGCUAACGUUAACUAGCGGAAAGUCUCGCGCUACUCGUGUGCCAGGAGUCGGUAACCGGUAGAAGUGGUCGUCAUCAUCAAAUGGCCGAUCCAAGAAAAGUACCAUUCGUGACUCUCGCUUCAUACAGUACAACACAGACGUCGGAAUCCAAGAAACGCCGGAGAGAGGAAGAGGGCGAAGUCAGUCAUCAUCACAGGGCAGAUGGAGGGGUCGGGAGUGCGACCACCGGGGCAGGAGGUGGCGUGGGCUUAUUCGGUAACGUCAAGACCCUCGGCGAAUGCAGCUCCGGGGAGUCCAAAGCUACAGUGCGCCUGAGUCUGUCGCUGUCCGAGCCAAACGAGCAAGGAUCGACAGAGUUCAACUACAGCGAGUUGAUACAGGCCACGCAGCAGCCCAGGAAAGUUCCUCAGGGCCUGACCCCGGCGUUGGACCCAAAUGACCCAUUUGCGGACGAGGAUCGCGAAAGACGAGAGGUCGAAGCUCUAGCAAAGAAAUUUGAAAGCAAAUACGGGAACACAGGGAAGAGGAAGAAAAAGGACAGAAUGCAGGAUCUCAUUGACAUUGGCUACGGCUACGAUGAGACUGACCCAUUUAUAGACAACUCUGAAGCUUAUGAUGAGCUGGUGCCUGCCUCCCUUACCACCAAGCUGGGGGGUUUUUACAUUAACACGGGCACCCUGCAGUUCAGACCUGCUUCAGAAUCUGAGAACGAGGAUGUCAGCAAGGAUGGAAACCACUUCAAGAAACUGAAGGAUGGCGAAGAGCGAGUGAUUAAGAAAAGAAAGAAGAAACAAGACGGCACCUUGGACGAGAAGAAACCCAAAAAGAAUCGAGUGCCAAAACAGGGCGUGUCUGCCCUAAAUCGGCCGGAGAAGAAGAAGCGGAAGAAGCUGAUGAAGGAAUCACUUUCUCUGGCUGCCAUGCUCCGCCGCUUCACCCGCGAGAAAGAGGAGAUGAGGAAGAAGAACCCACCGGCAGCGGCCACUGCCCCGAAGGUCCCGCGUGGGCCCCCCAACUCUCACUCCGUGCCCCCCGGCAACGACCUCUCCAUGGCUGACCUCACCAACGACCCUGCCGUGAUGUCUCUGCUGGGCUCGGCCAACGAGAGUGAGAUGUUCCAGGACCUGAUGUGUGACCUGGACUUUGGGUUGCUGGACCCCCAAGAGCCCUCCAGCCCGGGACAUGGGGAGAACGGUAGUGCAGCCGCCCAGAGGGGAGGCCCCGCCGGGCGGCUACAGAGGACGGGCAUGCUGCCCCCACCUCCGCUGCCCGAGGGUCUGCCUGCUCCCCUUGGCAAGCGCAUAGAAGACCUGCGGGCGGCAUCACGACAGUUUGAUAUGGAGGGUAGGAAGAAGUUCUUUACGCUGGACAUGAACAACAUCCUGCUGGACAUUGAGCUGCAGUUGCAGGAGCAGCCCACAGAGGUGCGCUCAGCUGUGUACUCCCACCUGGAGGCCUUCGUGCCGUGUAACAAGGAGGCCCUGCUGAAGCGGAUGAAGAAGCUGAGCCUGAACGUGCAGGACGACAGGCUGAAGAACCCGCUGCUCAAGCUGAAGCUGGCCGUGUGCAGCGCCAUGCCAGAGCAGAUCGCACGCUACAACAUGGACUGCAUGGCCAAAGUGGCCAAGCUGCAUUCAGAGGAGGGUGAGAAGAACGGCUCGGAAGAGGAAGACGAAGAGAAGCCAGGAAAACGGGUGAUGGGACCACGCAAGAAGUUUGUGUGGGACGAUAAACUCAGGGCUCUGCUGUGUAAUCUGGUGCGCGUGAAGCUGGGCUGUUACGAGGCAGAGGGCCAGAACUCCCCCUCUCCUGAAGACUACCUCAAGGCCUUUAUGGAGACCGAGGUCAAACCCCUCUGGCCUAAAGGAUGGAUGCAGGCCAGGAUGCUGAUCAAGGAGAGCCGAACGGCGCACAGUCACCUUACAGGAAACACGGUGAAGAAAAGGAUGGUCCCCACUCCAAAAGCCAAACCAAAACCUCAGGAUGGCGGCUGGGUCCAGCAGCCCAGCGUUUCCGUGGAGACGGGCGUGGGCCCUGGCCAUGCCCAACGGCCCCUCUCCCCCUCUGAGCCCAUCUGCCUGUCGGACUCUCUGGACGAGGACCUGGGUGGCACUCACUCUCUGGACUCCAUUUCGCAGGCACUGGCUCUACUCAGCAGCGCCGCCAAGGGGCUGAUCCAGUCCGAUGGCCCAUCCUCCCCCGAGGCCCCCAAAGCAGCUGGUCCCGCCCCUCUCCCCGCCUCUCUCCACGCCUCCCCUCUGCUCAGCAAGAAGAACGGUGCGGACGCUGUUGCGUCGACGCCCACUGGCAGCACUCUUUUCGUCUCCUCCCCCUCUCCCUCCAUCUCCCGCCCUCCCUCCGUCUCUGCAUCUCCGUCUGUCCGGGUUGAAGGGUUGGGAGGGGUGAAGGGCGGAGUCAGCGGCUUGUCCCAGGUGCAGAGACACUCACCAAUGACUGCCCAGCGUCCUGGCGUCACCAGUGGCAGCAAGCUGGGCAUGCCCAGUACACCCUCUCCACCCAAACUGAGGCCGCCGCCCACUGCUUCGCCCCUCCUGCCCCCUCACAAAAGCUUCGGCCCUCUGGUGGGCAAACCGCCGGUGACCACGCCCCCGGGGCUCCACAAGCCCAGCAAUAACAACUCCAGCAGAAUCGGCGACGGAGGCAUGACAUUGUCGUCUCAGCCCCGCCCACACCUAGUCUCACCUUCCUCAGCUUCCUCUUCUGCCUCCGCCUCCUCCUCAUCCACACUCCUCAAUGCCAAAAUGUCUCAGGCCGUACACACCCCUCAGCAGAAGAACGCCCCUCACGACUCGCCCCGCCCCUCGCCCCGCCCCUCUCCCUCGCCCUCUCAGGCCAAACCACAUCAGCAGUCCAGCUUCAUCACCCCGAUGCAAGCCACGCUCACCAAGUCCCCCCACAGCUCCAGCUCCCCCAUCCUCAAGCUCACCCCGCGUGUGGCCACACCCUCCAGCGCCACGCCCCCCAGCUCCACAGCCUCCUCCCUCAGGCCGCCCACCUUACCCCGCGUGCACCAGUACUCAUCGAAAAGCUCUGCCUUCCACUCGGGGUUCUCAGGCGUGGGGGGUGGCUACAGCGCUCCCGCAGGGCAGCAGAAGAAUUCCUCUCAGGUGAACAGCGGCGGUCUGGCCGGCGCACUAAAGCCGCAGCCAACCAGUGCGUUGCCCGCCGCCGGCUCAGCCGAUCACGGGCCACGGCAGAGGUCGGCGGGCGGGGCUAAUCAGGGGUCUAAGCCAAUGGCGUCGGUUUCCUCUGCGUCGGCUUCUCAGUUAGCACAGGUGUCGUCCACUGGCGGGACCCUGCUGGGCUCCGGGACCCCCAGCCUACCGCUGGGCUUCGGGAUGCUGGGGGGACUGGUGCCCGUCUCACUCCCGUUCCAAUUCCCCGGGCUUCUCAACCUCCCCCCACCCACCGUCACCGCUGCAGGGGCCAGCUCGGCGAACCCCACCAGCUCAGGAUAUAGUCUACCCCCCAAUCUGUUAAAGGGUCUCAUGUCAGGUGCUCAGGCUGCUCUGCCUCCUCACUUACAACUCGCUUUCUCAGAUGUGGGUCAAAGCCAGGGUGGGGAUCUGAAAAGGAAGACACUAUGACAUCACCCAGGUCCCACUGGACUCUAACACUCAGAUGAUUGACACUCUGGAGCCUGGAUACGGCCACAACCAUGGGGCCCCACCCACAUAUGCAUGGACUGCUGGCUUACCCACUAAGGAUGGAUUUUUUAAAAAGCAAUUUAAUAUUAAUGUUCAAUACCAUUAAUAUCACUAGAAUGAAUGAAUUUCUUUUAUUUUUGGCUAAUGUUUACACAGACGGACCUUAAUCACUGUGGACAGGGAGGGAAGAUCUUGGCUGAGUGACUGAGUUGAUUGUUGAACCACUUAGUGAUAUGUAAAUGCUUUAAGGGAAGAGGUAGCUAGAACAGGAGCGCGUGAGCGGGUGAGUGCGUCCCUCCCUCUCUCAGGUGUAGGUCAGGGUCAUGCUGGUGCUCUUACUGGUGGAAUUAUAAAAAGCCUCCAUUGAACAAAAACUAAUAUUUUAUAUCCAUAUCAAAAUGGGGGCCUGGUGGUAGAAUUUGUAUUGUACUUGAAUUUUUGACAUUUGUAUUACUUAAGAUGAACUUCACAUUGGCUAAAUAAAAGAGAGAAAAAAGGUGUUGGUUCUAGAAAAGGCUUGGCAGGAAUACAAUACUCAGGCAGAAGGGCGUGCACGCUGUCAUUGUUUGUGUGGGUGUGGACUUGGGCAGUGGUGUGUACUGUCAGCUUGUGUGUGGACUCAGGCAGAGUGGUGCGUCCGUUUUCUUAAGGGGCGAAACUCCUUAAGGGAUGUUAACAGUGCUCAUAUGUUCAGUCAGGUAUUGUAAAGCUGGUAGAACCCCAACCUGUCCAUGUGUCCCAGGUCUGGAGUCUAUCCUGCACUAGAAGUAAUCUAGUGUGGGUGAGGACUUACUGCUUGUACAGGAGGCUUAUUGUACAUCUAAUACAUCCUCCAGGAGCAAUAUCUGAGGAUUCUUCACCACACUGGACCUGUGUGCUCAUCCAUUGUCAUCCACUGAAUGAUGACCCAGGACCAAGCCUGUAAAGCUAAUCUCUAACGUACAGCAGCUGUUCAUGCAACACCGGGCUCUUACAAGGAUUCGGAAUUGAGAGAGUCCACAUCCCGUGAAGGUCAAUCAGGAUAGCAUUUAGCAGUCAGAGCACUGCUCCCUUCAGUCACCCUGAAUCACCCUAACUACCCUCCACCGCACCCAGGGGCCAGGGUGUGCAGAGCAGAGAAAACAAGCCACAUUGCUGUAAUGCUACAGGACUGUAACUUUAACUUUAAACCAGACAUUUGCACAUGCAAAAACUCUGGGACUUUAAUCAACACUGGCGAUGUAAUAUGAUUCUCACUGGGGGGAAAAAAGGCACUCUAUUCAGUACAUAGCUUUUAAUUUUUUUAAACCCAUAAAUUCAGGUGACAUCAAGGACUCCCACCCCCCCAAAAGUGUACAAAAUAUCAACAAGGUGUGACAUCAGUCCAGAUACUACCAAAACCACAAAGUAUCUUACUAAUGUCAGUAAACACAAUGCUCAAAAUUACACUUUUAAAAAGCAUCUGACUCACCAAACAUAACUGCAGCUGCCACUGACUGCAUACAUGCUAAAACUGCAAACCUAGAAACGAAAACAAGCUGCUGGGCAAGGAAAAGGGAAACAAAAGU